UUCUUGAUGCGUGUCUUUUAACGUUUUAUGUUCAGUGCAUCAGUUGUACAUGCGUUCUCGCAGUCAUUGUUAGUUGAUUUCUGUUUGUUUUUCUGAUAGUUUGUCGUUCUAUCCAUUUAUAUAAACGAAAUAUCAAAACCUGUAUCUCUGUGGUAUCAGGAAUAAUUGGUAAGAAUUAAGCUUGAUACCUUUUCUAUAAAUCGUGAUAACGAAUAUGUCCACAUGCGAAAACAGCGCAUUACGUUGAUUUUUAAUUGAAUCACGGAACUACUGUACACUUAAAACAACGUAUCUUAAGCCUACAGCAAAUACGGUGCGUGUUUUGCUGCUAGUUUAGCUAAUAGAAAAAAUGGGAGACUCCGAAGAAGAAAAUGAGAAAGAUUUUGCGUCUGGCCUUAAUAUCACCGGCUUUCUUUUCGGCAACAUCGAUGAUAACGGUCAGCUGGAGAAUGAUAUUCUGGAUCCUGAAGCCAAACAACAAUUGGCUUCACUCAGUCGUUUUGGAUUAAGCUCCUUUAUCAGUGAAAUGAUACAGAAUGAAUCAGCUGCUGAAGAGAAAGAAGAUAACGAAGGAGGAUAUAAAAGCAAAGAUCAAAACAAAAUUGACAACAAUAAGGAUAUGGAUUGUAUUGCAAAGUUACCUACUGCAGAAGAUUUCUCUGAUAUAAAUGAGUUAGCAGAUGAUAUCAGUGAUGAAGCUUCUAAAAACAAUGAUUUUGACAAGAAAGCAGACAAAGAAAAUGCUGAUUAUGAUGCUGAUGAUGAGGAAGUUGUCAGCAAGUCAGAUAAGCAAUUAAUGCCUCCUCCACCUGUACCUGAGGAAAAGGAGAUUUUAACUGAGGAGGAGGCGGAAGCAGUGCGUCAGCGUAAACUAGAGACACCUCUUGCAGCUAUGUUGCCUUCUAAAUAUGUCAAUACCGAUGUCACUGAACUGUUCCCAGAUUUUCGCACGAACAAAGUUCUCAGAUUCUCGAGAUUGUUUGGUCCAGGUAAACCAAGUAGUCUGCCACAGAUUUGGAGAAGUGUGAGAAAGCGACGUAAGAAAAGAAAACAUGAUAUCAGAGACUCCGAUUCUGGCUCUGAUCAAGAGGAUAGGAAAGCUAAAUUUAGAGGCUGGAUUAUGCACUAUGGUCCUGAGCCGAAUACAGACAUGUGCCGUUCAGAUGACGAGACUAAAUUGCUUUUGCCAGUGGAAGAUAAGGAGCAGAAUGGUAAGACAGGCGAGACGGGGGAAAAUGGCGACAUGGGACCUAAAGUAGCUGACUGGAGGUUUGGGCCUGCACAGCUUUGGUAUGACAUGUUGGAAGUUCCAGAGACUGGAGACGGCUUCAACUAUGGUUUUAAAACGUCUGAAAAAGAGCAACUAGAGGAGCAAGAAAACAAGUCUAAGGACAAAUCUAAAGAUGAAGAAAAUAAUAAGGAUGAGGAAUUCGCUGAUGACGCAUUCUUAAUGGUGUCGCAGUUGCACUGGGAAGACGAUGUUGUCUGGAACGGAGACGAUAUAAAGCAUAAGGUAAUGCAGAAGUUGAAUAGCAAAAACAACGCAGCCGGUUGGGUACCCUCGAGCGGCAACAGAACCGCGCAAGCUUUCAGUCAACCAGGAAAAGGUGCUCCCGUCAAUGUAGCACCUAACGUCAGGCUAGCUACUUCACAAAUCACAACGCCGCUCCAUAUGCAGUCGCAAAAGAGCAAAAUGAAUAUGGGCAAAGGUAAUCAACAGCAACAGCGUGACGAGAAUUACGACGACACCUGGUAUUCAAUAUUUCCGGUGGAAAACGAGGAGCUGGUUUACGGUUUGUGGGAGGAGGAAGUGAUCUGGGAUCCAGAAAAUAUGAGAAAAAUCCCCAAACCAAAGAUACUCACUUUGGAUCCGAACGACGAGAACAUUGUAUUGGGCAUACCGGACGAUAUUGACCCGGCUCUCCUCCACAAGGACAACGGACCGCAGCCGAAAGUAAAGAUUCCGCAUCCUCACGUCAAGAAGAGCAAAUUAUUGUUGGGUAAAGCAGGUGUCAUUAACGUUCUAGAGGAAGAUACACCUCCUCCACCACCGAAAUCCCCUGAUAGGGAUCCGUUCAACAUAUCAAACGACACAUACUACAUGCCCAGAUCUUCGGAAACUACGUUACGUCUAAAGGUCGGCGGCGGCAAUUUGAUACAGCAUAGCACUCCGGUGGUAGAGUUGCGUGUUCCUUUCGUGCAAACACAUAUGGGUCCAAUGCGACUGAGGAACUUUCACAGGCCGCCGUUGCGAAGGUUUAGUCAUGGUCCAUUGGCUCAUCCAGGACCGCAUUGCGUUUUGCCUCUGCUAAAACACAUAAAAAAGAAAGCUAAGCAACGGGAACAAGAGAGAAUUUCUUCCGGCGGAGGUGAUGUGUUUUUCAUGAGAACACCUGAAGAUUUAACGGGUCGGGACGGCGAGCUAGUUCUCAUUGAAUUUUCCGAGGAACAUCCUCCGCUCAUGAAUCAAGUCGGUAUGUGUUCAAAAGUGAAAAACUAUUACAAAAGGCGGGCCGGUAAGGAUCAAGGUCCGCAGACGUACAAGUAUGGGGAAACAGCGUAUGCUCAUACUAGUCCGUUCCUCGGCAUCCUCACUCCUGGUCAAAGCAUUCAAGCGGUCGAAAAUAACAUGUACAGAGCACCUAUUUAUGAACACAAGAUCCCUGAUACCGAUUUCUUGGUUAUAAGGACAAGGCAACAAUAUUACAUCAGAGAAGUGGACGCACUAUUUGUUGCCGGACAAGAGUGCCCGUUAUAUGAAGUGCCAGGACCCAACUCGAAGAGAGCAAAUAAUUUUGUGCGCGACUUCUUGCAGGUGUUUAUUUACAGAUUGUUUUGGAAGUCACGCGACAUCCCUCGGCGGAUUAAGAUGGACGACAUAAAGAAAGCCUUUCCGUCCCAUAGCGAGAGCAGCAUUAGAAAAAGAUUAAAGCUAUGUGCGGACUUCAAAAGAACUGGAAUGGACUCCAACUGGUGGGUGAUAAAACCGGACUUUAGGUUACCAACGGAAGAGGAGAUUCGCGCUAUGGUGUCACCGGAGCAGUGUUGCGCUUAUUUCAGCAUGAUUGCAGCAGAACAACGAUUGAAGGACGCUGGAUAUGGUGAGAAGUUCCUCUUCACGCCCCAGGACGACGACGAUGAGGAGAUGCAACUCAAAAUGGAUGACGAAGUAAAAGUAGCACCGUGGAAUACGACGCGUGCGUAUAUUCAGGCCAUGAAAGGAAAGUGCCUACUCCAAUUGGCGGGUCCGGCCGAUCCAACAGGCUGCGGUGAAGGCUUCUCCUACGUUAGGGUGCCGAAUAAGCCUACCAUCAGCAAGGAAGAACAAGAAGCUCAACCGAAGAGAACCGUGACGGGCACAGACGCAGACUUAAGAAGAUUAUCUUUAAACAACGCGAAAGCAUUAUUGCGUAAGUUCGGUGUACCCGAAGACGAAAUAAAGAAGCUGUCACGUUGGGAGGUAAUCGACGUAGUGCGAACUUUGUCGACGGAGAAAGCAAAAGCCGGCGAAGAAGGCAUGACCAAAUUCUCGCGUGGUAACCGUUUCUCUAUUGCCGAACAUCAGGAGCGGUACAAAGAGGAAUGCCAGCGUAUUUUCGACCUACAGAACCGUGUGUUAUCAUCGAACGAAGUCUUGAGUACAGACGAGGGUGAAAGUUCUGAAGAGGAUAGUUCAGACAUCGAAGAGAUGGGUAAAAAUAUCGAGAAUAUGUUAUCGAACAAGAAGACCAGCACGCAGCUGUCAUUGGAGAGAGAGGAGCAACAACGACACGAACUACGUAAGAUGCUGAUGGGCGAGGCACAAGAGCAAGAGAAGAAAGGCAAGGAGAGCAAAAAGAAGGACGACGAGGAGGAUAGUCCGAUUAAUAACUUCAAUGCGCAACAAGGUCGUGUAUUAAAAAUCUACCGUACUUUCCGCAACCCGGAGGGCAAGGAGUUCACUCGGGUCGAGCUAGUGAGAAAGCCCGCUGUGAUCGACACGUAUAUUAAGAUUCGUAACUCGAAGGACGAAACGUUUAUCAAGCAAUUCGCCACAUUGGACGACGCUCAAAAAGAGGAAAUGAAGCGAGAAAAACGUAGAAUACAGGAGCAAUUGCGUCGGAUCAAGCGAAAUCAAGAGAGAGAGCGUAUGUUGGGCGGCCCAAUUAUGAGCAGCGGCAGCGGUGGCGUCGGCGGCAUCGGCGGUGCCAGCGGUAGCAGCUCGAGCAGCGUCUUCGAUCGUAAUAGUUCCAAUAUUCCAUCUAUCCCCACUUCAUCGACCAGUAUCCUUCCAUUCUGUAACUUCCAGUCCUCCAACUCUACAUCUUCCAAACAUCCCAAACCGGAGGCGUCUCCUCCCAAACGUAAGAAACCUAAACUCAAACCAGAUCUCAAACUUAAGUGUGGUGCCUGUGGCAACGUCGGCCACAUGCGCACCAACAAGGCUUGUCCUCUUUAUCAGAAUAGCAUCACCAACACUGCACCGGUGAAUGUCGCCAUGACUGAGGAACAGGAGGAGGAAAUCGAGAAGCAGUUGAACACCGAUGAUCAGGAUUUGGUUAACGUCGAUGGUACCAAGGUGAAAUUAUCAUCGAAACUGAUUAAGCACGCUGAGGAGAUGAAGAGACGCACCUUGCUGCUCAAAGUGCCUAAAGAUGCAGUGAACUCGAAGAAACGUAGGAAACCUCCCACCGAUGAUCAUUGUGAUUAUUUAAAACGCCAUCAGAGGCCAGCUAAUAGACGCAGAACGGAUCCUGUUGUAGUGAUGUCAACAAUAUUGGAGAGUAUCUUAAACGAAAUGAGAGAUUUGCCGGACGUGCAGCCAUUUUUGUUCCCGGUGAACGCUAAGGCUGUUCCUGAUUACUACAAGAUUAUACAACGACCUAUGGAUCUACAGACCAUACGAGAGAAUUUGCGAUUGAAGAAAUAUCAGAGUAGAGAGGAGUUCCUAGCGGAUGUUAAUCAGAUUGUUGAAAAUUCUAAGCUUUAUAAUGGAACAAAGAGUUCGUUUACUGUAGCUGCUACAAGGAUGCUGGACAUGUGUGGUGCAAGGCUCUUUGAGAAAGAUGAACGUUUAAUGAGGUUGGAGAAGGCCAUCAAUCCUCUUUUGGAUGACGACGAUCAGGUUGCCCUCACGUACAUUUUGGAUACUAUAGUCAACGGCAAACUAAAAUCCAUGACGGAAGUGUGGCCGUUCAUGAAACCCGUCAACAAAAAGAUGGUGAAGGAUUAUUACAAUAUUGUCAAGAGACCGAUGGAUUUAGAAACGAUAUCUAAAAAAGUCUCUGCACACAAAUAUCACAGUCGCCACGAAUUCCUCAGAGAUAUCGAGCAGAUUUUGGAGAAUUGCACGCUUUACAAUGGGAAGGAUUCUCCGUUCACGCAUAAAGCGGAAUUGCUGGUCAAAGUGUGUAAAGAGACGCUAGAAGAGUACCAUGAACAUUUAUUGCAAUUGGAAAACAAUAUAUUACUUGUGCAAAAGCGAGCGAUGGAGCAAGCGGAUAUAGAUCCCUCAUGGCUUGGUCCGGACGACAUAGGAGAAUCCAGAGACAGUCUGACCAAUUCAAAUCCAUUCGACAAAUCACAUAUGGAUGAAUUCGAUUUUGUAGACGUGGAUGGCGAUAUAGAAGCGGAUGUUGACAGAGUAUCGAAGAAAAAAGAUAUGCUUGAAGAAGAUCUGCAAUUCUCCAGUGAAGACGAAUUCGAUGAAGUACCGUUCGGCGCAGAUGAACAUUCCGAGCACAACGAAAUGGAGACGCUGGAGUUAAGCGAGGUCAGGGAAGGAGUUGUACUGGCGGAUGACGAUAGUCAACAAGCUGCCGAAGCGAUGGUUCAGUUAGGUAAUGUCGGCUUUUACAUGGGCGAACAGCAAUUGCUCCAACAAGACGAGAGCAUGGACGUCGAUCCCAAUUACGACCCGUCAGACUUUCUGUUGGCUGGUUUGCCAGCCAGAGAGGAUAAGAGCGAAAAUAAGAUUCAGGACGAUCUGGCUGUUUCUGAGAGCGACGAUGACGCCGAAAGUAGUAACAAUUUGCAGUCCAAGCAAGAAGCUCAGCAGAAUCAACAACAGCAACAAAUGUCGCAACCGGACGAGGAUGUCGCUGGCGAUUUGUGGUUUUAAAAGCACAUUUGAUUAUUUUAUUAAAGUUAUAUAAGAACAUCCGUUUUUCUUUUGACAUCGAGUAUGCUUUUAAAGGAAUUAUGAGUAGAUAAACUUGUUUACAAGUUGACGAGGAGUUAUAAGGUUAAUUCUUUGUAUAUUAUGUACAUACUACAUACGCAUAUAGUGAUAUGUAAAUAUAGAAUAAAAUAUAUAGUAUCUUUUCUA